UUCUUCUACUACUGUGUGUAGUGUGUGUAUAAAUACAUUAUCUUGUAUGUAUAAUCUACUCCAUAAAUAUAUUCCCAUUUUUCACUUUACUGUUUGUGAGUGGCACCAUAUUUGUUCCCCUCUUUUAUAUAUUCUUCCCGGCUGCACUUUUUCCAACUUUUCUAUCUGCUGUCGCCCCCGCUUUUUCACUUUCUUCUUCCUUAUUCCUUCUCCCUCCCUCUCUCUCUCUCUGCUUUCUCUCACCUCGCCUGAGAGAGAAUGGGUGACAUUCUACACCCUCCCAUGGAGCAGCUCCAAGACCUCGAGUACUGCAUUGAUUCUAAUCCUCCAUGGCCUGAAACCGUUUUGUUAGCAUUUCAGAAUUACAUCUUAGUACUUGGCACGAGUGUGAUGAUUCCGACAAUGCUCGUGCCUAUGAUGGGUGGAAGUGAUGGGGAUAAGGCGCGAGUCAUUCAGACAUUGCUGUUCGUUGGUGGCAUCAACACGCUUCUUCAGACACUCUUCGGAACCAGGUUGCCUGCUGUGGUCGGAGGCUCAUUCGCCUAUGUUGUUCCCAUAGCAUACAUUAUCAACGACUCCUCCCUGCUCCGGAUUGAGGAGCCUCACGUAAGAUUUAUACAAACCAUGAGAGCUAUCCAAGGAGCUCUAAUUGUUGCUGCUAGUAUACAAAUCAUUCUAGGCUACAGCCAAGUUUGGGGUCUUUUUUCGCGCUUCUUCAGCCCCCUGGGGAUGGCACCCGUCGUUGGAUUGGUUGGUUUAGGGUUGUUCCAACGAGGAUUCCCCUCCCUAGGAAACUGUGUGGAGAUUGGUUUGCCGAGUCUUUUCUUGGUCAUCGGCUUGUCUCAGUAUCUGAAGCAUAUCAAGCCAAUGAGGGACUUCCCCAUCUUUGAACGUUUCCCCGUGUUGAUCUGCGUCGCCAUUAUCUGGAUAUACUCCCUCGUACUCACGGCUAGUGGCGCCUAUCGGGGCAGGCCACACGCCACUCAGAUCAGCUGUCGGACAGACAGAGCCAAUCUCAUAUCUACCGCACCGUGGUUCAAGUUCCCUUAUCCUCUCCAGUGGGGCCCGCCUACUUUCGCCGCUGGCCACUCCUUCGCGAUGAUGUCAGCCGUGCUCGUCUCGAUGGUUGAGUCCACCGGAGCGUACAAGGCAGCGUCUCGUCUGGCUAUAGCCACCCCGCCUCCAGCAUACGUGCUCAGCCGGGGCAUCGGUUGGCAGGGCAUAGGCGUCCUGCUAGACGGGCUCUUUGGCACGGGGACGGGCUCUACUGUAUCCGUGGAGAACGUCGGGCUGUUAGGGCUAACUCGAGUUGGAAGCCGGAGAGUGGUUCAGAUCUCGGCCGGCUUCAUGAUAUUCUUUUCCAUCUUAGGGAAAUUUGGAGCUGUUUUUGCUUCAAUCCCAUUUCCAAUAUAUGCUGCAUUAUACUGCGUUCUAUUCGGCCUCAUAGGUUCUGUUGGCCUAUCAUUUCUCCAGUUCACUAAUAUGAAUUCCAUGAGGAACCUCUUCAUAAUCGGACUCUCUCUCUUCCUCGGGAUCUCCAUACCCCAAUUUUUCAAUGAGUACUGGACCCCGCACCGCCGAGGGCUGGUCCAAACGAAUGCAGGAUGGUUCAAUGCGUUCUUGAACACCAUAUUCAUGUCCCCACCCACGGUGGGGCUGAUGAUCGCGGUGUUCCUCGACAACACGAUCGAGGUGGAGAAGUCGAAGAAGGAUCGCGGGAUGCCGUGGUGGGUCAAGUUCCGGACCUUCCGAGGCGAUAAUCGCAACGAGGAGUUCUACACGUUGCCGUUUAAUCUCAAUAGAUUCUUCCCUCCUACCUAGUAGUAGUUGUGGUGUCUCUAGUUUUCUUCUUUUUUUUCUUCUCUUGCUCUAUUGUUUUUGUUUCUCCAACACGAUUCAAUUUUUUUUAGGGCCUCGAAGUCUAGCGACGAAUAAGGAAUUAGAUGUGUAUUCUCCUCCUAUUUUAUUAUAUCAAAUGCAUUUAAUUUA